AUGGAAAAACUAUUUCUAACACUAAACAACACAUUAGACUUUAACAUUAACGAUUUAGAUUUCGGUUCCUUGAGAACUACAUCAAAUUUCACAUUUAGAGAAAUUCUCAUUGUUGUUUGCUAUGGUAUUAUCAUUGUUAUAAGCCUGUUUGGAAAUCUUUUGGUUUGCAGCAUCGUUAUACAAUAUGCCAGCAUGCGAAGAGCAACAUAUGUAUUCAUUGCUAAUUUGGCAGUUUCUGAUUUGCUUAUGACAGUUCUCAAUAUUCCGUUCAACGUUGCACGAAUACUGCUUGAUAAUUGGCCAUUUGGAAGCUUUAUGUGCUCCCUCCUGCCUUUGGUACAAGUUACAUCAGUUUAUGUCUCUACCUUCACAAUGACUUGCAUUGCCGUGGAUAGAUACAGAGUCAUCAGCAAGCCAUUUAGACCAAGACUGAGGUUGACACAGGCGCUGGUAAUUAUUUCCUUCGUCUGGGCAAUAUCAAUAGUUCUUGCUGUUCCACACGCCAUGUUCAAUAAAGUUGAGUCUUUUUUGACUUAUGAAGUACAAUACCGCUGCAGAACCAUAUAUCCAGCAUACAUGAGCCAAUGGAUCACUUUGAUUACUUUCACAACACAAUACUUUCUGCCCUUGUCAACAACCGGCUUUUUUUACUCAAUGAUUGUGUCGAAAGUGUGGUCCAGAGAUGUUCUGGGUGUUGUUACAGAAGUUCAAGUGGUAUCACAAGCCAAGGCCAAGAAAAAAACUAUCAAAAUGCUCAUUAUUGUGGUGAUUUUGUUUGCUAUCUGCUGGCUUCCUCUCAACCUGUACCACAUUCUCAAAGAGUUUAAACAAAUCGGGGAACUGCGAGGAUCGUCUGCUAGUAUCAGAGGCUCGACAAUUUUCUUCUGCUGCCACUGGUUUGCCAUGAGUUCAGUGUGCUACAACCCUUUUAUAUAUUGUUGGCUAAACGCACAAUUUCGGUCAGGCGCUUUCGCCUGCUUACACUGCGUCAGAGAUUUUGGAAGCAAAAUUAACUCCAGUCUAAGGUCUCCAAGAGGAACGAAACUUAAAGAGGCGCAGUAUGAUGUUGACACAAUGUCUUUUGAAAUGAAAUCCGACAGCAAUGCCAGUGGAUACGGGGGAAGAUAUUUAAACAGCUUUAGGGCUGAGUCCAGAAGAUCUCGUCUGAGAACAACUCAAGCUACAAGAUUUAUCCCACUGGUUCCAAUUACUAAGUCUGAAUGUAAUCUUUGCGAAGAAGAAUGCCCCGUUAUGAAGAGGGACUUCUAUUCCGUGACCAGCUUGAAUUCCUCCAGCAAUCCCAAAACUAAGUUGCACAAGUCAUUAAGAAAAUCCUCUUCUUGGACAUGA